AUGUUCAACAGAGGCUUCGGCGACUCACGGCGGAAAGUCUUACUCCUCCUGCUGCUGGGCGGCAUCCUCAUCCUCUCCUUUGUUGGCUUUAGAAAACAUGAUGAGAUUGGAGACAUAAUACAGAACCAACGACAGUCAUGGAAGAAUACCACCUCCUACACAUAUCAGGGAAGUUCCGACACCGCCUCUGACGACGAAGCGCUGGAGAAUUCGCCCUCCUCUUUCAACAGUGAAUACAAGAAAGAUAAGAAGCUAGCAGGCAAGACCUCAUCGAAAUCCAGCAAACAAUCACAUAAGCAAAGUGAACCAGAGGAAGAGGAGGAAGAAGAAGAAGAAGAGCAGGAACCAGUGGCCCCAGGCCCCGUCUUCGACAACAGAAAACUCUCGAGCGAAUCGCUCAUAGACCUUCGCAAUGAUACCCUCGGCUUCGAGCACAUCUACGUCCUCAACAUGGCCGGCCGCACCGACAAGCUGGAUGCAAUGCGCCUCUCCGCCUCCCUCUCCAACUUCUCCUUCGACAUAAUGGAAGGCGUCUCCGGUGCCGAGGUCCCCAAAAAAGCCGUCUCAGGCAUCUAUGACUAUGAAAAAGAAGGCAUAAACGGCGUGAUCGGCUGCUGGCGAGGCCACAUGAACUUCGCGCGGACUAUAAUCCGGAAAAAACACGCGUCUGCUUUGAUCAUGGAGGACGACGCCGACUGGGACGUCGACUUCCGCAACCAACUCGAGCGGUUCGCUUUGGGCUCGCAGACCCUCCUCAACACACCCCACGGGGAAGCUGACCCAGCGCCCGAUAGCCCGUACGGCGAUGGCUGGGACCUCCUCUGGCUCGGCCAUUGCGGCACCCAGCCCCUCAACGGCUCCUGGCAGCGCUUCCUGAUCAAGAACGAUCCUACCACCACUCCCUUGUCCCACCGUGUGAAUUUCGCCAACAUCCCCGACAUGUCCCUCUACCCGAACAACACGCGCAUCGUAAUGCCCUCCAAGGGCGCCACCUGCACAUACUCCUACGCAUUAUCGUACCACGGCGCCCAGAAGAUCAUGAAAUGGAUGUCAAUGGACGUGUACGCCAAACCCGUCGAUUUCGGGCUCCACGACAUGUGCUCUGAGAAAGAAAGGGGGUUCAAGUGUUUCAGUAUCUUUCCGCAAAUUAUUGCGGACCACAAGCCCCCCGGGGGCGCGAAUAAGGAUAGUGAUAUUGGGGAGGGAGGCAAGGCGAGUAAUGUGCGCAAGAAGGGGUUCAGUUACAACGUGGUGAACAGCGUUCGCAUCAACGCUGACGCUCUAAUCGACGGGAGACUGGAGGAUGUGGAGAGUCAGUGGCCCGGCGAAGACGACGGCGGGGUGGAGGGCGAGAUCACGUACGAGUACAAGGAUGAGGAAGUCGAAGAUGUGGGUGAUUAG